GAGCAUAAGGAUUCAACACGUGGAUAUGAUUUCAAGCCUUUACCAAACAGCAUGAAAGACAUUAAAAGCUUGACCCAGUCAUACUAUCACAAGUCACAAGCUGUCGUCUGUACACAUUUAGAGAUCCAUGCUGACGAGUCCACAUGAACUGCUGCAGACUGAAUUCCAUCAGGAUCCGGAGUGUUCUGGUUUAUGCUCUUCUCACACUGAUUUCCUCUCUUGCUUUUGGGAUACCCGACGAGUUAUCCCAUCAGUUAUCUGGAAAUGUCAAAGGAAAGAUCAUUUUCCGUCAGAUGGAAGGGAAUUCAACAUACUUGCGGGAUAGUGGGAAGUUGGCAUCUUUCAUACCCACCGUGGUUUCAUUUGAGCACUUUGACCCGAGGCAUACCCUGCGCUCUGCCACUUUCAUAUACACAUGGGACUUAGGCAAUGGGGAAGUACGUAAAGGCCCAGAGCCUUAUGUGACGUGUCACUACACUUUACCAGGGAACUAUACAUUUCAACUGAGCAUUGAAGCCAAUACACCCCAACAUUCCAGAAUAACUGGGCUGUACUCUGUAGAUUUGACUGUGUUAGAUGUCAUAAAGAGCAUUGAAUUGAGAGGACCUUUAACUUAUAACGUGGACCAGAGCAGCAGACUGUCCUUUCAGAUUGGAGGAAGUCCUCCGGUUUGGCUGUGCUGGAGAGUUUUGUCUGAUUGCCACACACCCAGUCCAACUUCCUGCAAUUUAGUCAGGCUCUAUGGGAACCAAUUCAAUCUGAACUACACCUUCAGAUCAGUAGGAACAUAUUGCUUAGACCUGAGUGUGAGAAAUAUUAUCAGCAACCUCCAGACAUCCUACAACAUCUAUGUGCAGAGCAGCCCUGUGAGUCUCAUCUUCAUAUUGCCCUGUGCUGCAGUGAUAGUUGCUACUCUCAUAUUCAUCACUGUGUCAGUGUGUCGUCCACAAAAGCAAUCCCUCGUGUCUAAGGCUCUGAUGGCAGAUAUGAAUUAUCUUUCCUUCACAGAAAUCGAGCUGCGUGCCAAAGAUGCUUCAGUCACUUUACAGGAUAAUUCUCUUGCUUCUAAAACAAAUGAAGCCCAGCCCCUUCUUCAACAGCCAGAGACUUCCUACAGCACCCAACCCUGAUUGCCAUGUCUACAUUACACUUAAAGUAUUCAUUAAAACCAAUCUUUCAUUGCAUUAUUUUGUUUCGUGGUCUAUCUAUUUACUCUUGAAACUAAGAUCUUGGUUGAGAUCUUGGCAGGUCUUGACUCAACACUCUGUGAAUCAACACAAUACAGGAGCACUGCAAGCUUUUUGCUCGUCUGAUUCACUCUUCUCUGUCAGUGUUAAUGCACUAAUGCUUUCUGUGCUCUUUUUGUUUGUACUUAAGUGGAUUCCAAGGUUUGCUUCAUGAGGGUUCCAUUUGUUAAUGCAAACCUCCUUGGGAUCCUAAUGGAUGUUGACACUGGUAGUGAAUCUUCAAAAGUAUAAAAGUACAUGAGGUUAGAGCGACUGCAUGCAGUUCAGCAAGCGUGUCUUGGAAUAUUGUUACAAUUUUAAACCUGACCCAAAUGUGCAAAAUGCACCACUGUACAGAAUGAUCAUAUUUCUUUGCAAGUGAUUAUGAGCGAGAGCUCUUUCUCCUGGAAUGAAUGAGUCUGACCUGUAUAUUCCUUCUGUGAUGAUCAAUGAUAUUUGCCCUCUGCACUGGUACCAGGAAGACAAGAAUUACAGCUCCACAAGGGACUGCAAAAUACAUCUCUAGGUUAAAGGCUACAGAUGAGCAAUGCAUCAUACGUCUAGUAAUAACUGUGCCCUUCAGCUCAAAAGUAGCCUGAGGCAUUAUUCUUGCCCUUAGAAGUUGUAGCAAGAGUCAUUCUGUAUGUGUGUGAAAGGACUUGAAUAUGUUUCUUUACAAAAGUUUAACAAAGAUUUGUUUUACUGUUUUUAUUCUACAAGGAAAAGUUGUACAAUUAGUAAAACUUGUAAUAACUUACACCACUGUUCAGAAGUUUGAGGUCGG